CCGUCAGUGGCUGCGCAAAGGCAGAGUUUGUUUGCGGGAUUUUCGUUAGACCUACUGAAUAUUACGGGUAUGCUGUGUGUUCGAAAUUUUUACUUACGAUUGCAAGCAACAGCUCGAAUAAAAUUUGAUUUUGUGAUUGUACGCAUCCAGACAUCCCGAUUCCAUCUAUAGUUAUCAAUCAGUGCACCUGUAAUUGCCGACACUUUCACUUCGGUCAAGUGAUAUUAUAUCCACGCAUCUACAAAAUACCAUACGAAAACAAAAGAAGAAGAAAAAUCUGUGCAAACAUCCUCUUAUACACACAUACUUAUGUGUAGAAGUACUUACUAUAACAAAUAUACAGUUUCAUAAAAGUGUGUACUCCGCUGACUUAUAGUUGCCUUAUUCAGUGCCAAAAUAUAUCUAUCUACUAAGCAUUUGUACCUGUUCUGCAUCUAAUCAAAGUGCUACAAAUUGUGACAGUGAAACACUUAACUUCACAUCGAACGAUCGAACAAAUCAAUUUCCAUCGAUCGUACUCGCACUCUAUGUUACCACCACAACAUUAGGAAUCCAAAAAUCUAUCGAAAAUGCAUAUCCUACACCGGACCAACGACCAUCAAUUCGAGGAUCAAAAAUUCAUGAUGGAACGCCUUAGCGGCCAUGGUAGCUUGGGUCUCUCGAGCAGCAGCCCGGCUUAUACAACCCAUUCGGGAGGACAUUCAGGCAGAGGUGGCCCCACCUCGGGACACAGUGGGCACAGUGGCACCCAUGGGUCGGCAGCUACCAUGCAUCAUCAAUCACUGCAGUCUGAUUUUCAACCUCCAUACUUUCCGCCACCUUUCCACCAUUCAGCUCAAAGCCCUCCACAGCAACAGAUAUCCGGCUAUUUACAGAACCAUGGGCCGCUCGAGUACUUGGGCACGGAUCCCUAUGGCCAGCCGCUGUCUUCACUGCAUCAUGCUCCACUUCACCACUACAAUCAGUUGGCGGGCCUCAGGUCCACGCAGGAUCAACUAGGUAUCCAUAGAACCCACAGGGAUGCUGAGUUGCAAGGACAUGUUACUCAACUAUCUCAUGGCUUUCCCUACACGGAGAGAAGAAGUGAUUACGGCAGUGCAAUUACAGCAGGAGCAGCACACGGCACCAGACUUGGACAUGAGCACGAAUCUUUGGCCUUACAUCAAGCGCUGCAGAAUGCUGUUGAUGACGUCCAAGCUCCUGCCCUGGAUGACAAUGUAGCUUUCAUGUCAGAUUUACCUUUAAUCAAAAGCAUGAAAAGUGGGAAGGACGCCUCGAACAUAGGCUCAGGGUCGCCAAGUGAAGUAUUUUGCGCUGUUCCCGGUCGACUCAGUCUUCUGUCAAGUACUUCGAAAUAUAAGGUUACAAUUGCGGAAGUUCAGCGCAGAUUGUCGCCGCCCGAAUGCUUAAAUGCAUCCUUGCUGGGUGGCGUUCUCAGAAGGGCGAAGAGCAAAAAUGGAGGCAGACUAUUGAGGGAAAAGCUUGAAAAGAUUGGACUAAACCUACCAGCUGGUCGUCGAAAAGCGGCAAACGUAACAUUGUUAACAUCCUUAGUCGAGGGAGAAGCCACUCACCUGGCCAAGGACUUUCACUUUGUGUGCGAAACUGAGUUUCCAGCCAGACAAUUAGCCGAGUAUAUUGUGCGCCAUCAAACCGAACCCCAAGACUCGUAUCGACGAAAAGAGCUCAUCCUUCACUCGCAACAAAUUACAAAAGAAUUGAUGCAAAUAUUGAGCCAGGAUCGAACCACACACUUUGGAACAAGAUCACAGCAUUUAUUGGAGCCUUCAAUGCAGCGGCACUUAACACACUUUUCCUUAUUAACGCACGGAUUCGGUUCUCCUGCAAUUAUUGCCGUGUUGCAUGCUUUUCAGACGUUUCUUAAUGAAUCAUUGAACUAUUUGGAAAAAUUAUACCCUUCGAAUGGAGGCGGAAUGGUAUCUUCAUCUCUGGAUAAAAGUAAAAUUGACAACGAUAAGAAAUGAUAGACUAUAUUGCAACAAAAAAGCAACUCGUAAUUUAACAAAUCUUAUAAUACAAAAUUAGGUACAAUAUAUAUUCUAAUAAGUAAUAAAUUAUUGUAAAUUUAUUUAAUUUAGUGUAAAUUAUUGGAAAUUUGUAAAACCGUAACUUUUAAGUGCAUAUUAAACACAUAUGUACAGACACAUUCAAAUGUAUUAAGAUUUCUUAAAAUUAGGAAAGUGAAUCAACUUAUUUCCGUCAAAAAGUCACCAAGGGUUUUACAACACUUUAAACACAAAUAUCCGGGUUUUAUUUUUUAAGUAUUCUACUAU